AUGCCCGAAGAAAACAUCUCGCGGCGGCCGCAUGGUCUGAAGAAGCUCUCUUUAAUUGAAAUCAAAGAAAGCUUAAAUGAAAAUCCCCUAGGACUGCAAGAAAAAGAUGAUGGGUGCUGUGGAGAGGCUUUUUUUAAUGGUGACGCCCCCGCUCGCAGCAUUAUCUUUGGUGGUGAUUCCCAUCAGUUGAGGGUGGAAAAUUUUAGUAUACUGGAUAGCAAUCCAACGAAUUGGUUCAGUAUCAAAUCUAAUUUGGUGCGCGAAACACCUCUCUUACAGGACCCAACGGAAACCUUCUCGAGUAUGAACAGAAUCAUGCAUCAAACUCUUAAAUAUGUAAAGGAGGUGGAAAGCAUUGAUUUCAACAGUCAUGCUGUCAUCGACUUCAAUGGGGAAGUUAUGCAGGACCCAGAAAGAGUAUUUCUUUCAGUAUGUACCAGCGUACUUGCAAAUUUCUCCUUCUGUUCUCAGUUGGACGAAGAAAAACUACUUAAUUUCCUUUCUAACAUUUUUGAAAGCUAUUCCAAGGAGAACGCAUACCAUAAUGCCCUUCACGCAGCAGAUUCUGUACAAAUGCUCUUUCUGAUGUUGCGAGAAAAGCCAGCAAUGUUAAUGUUUACGGAUGAUGAAGUUAUUGUAACUUUUCUAGCCGUACUUUGUAUGAGUUUUCUUCAUCCAGGUGUAACGAACAGAUUUUUGGCACGUAUUGAUCAUCCGCUUGUUCUCGUAUAUGGAGAUAUUACAACACAGCAAUCGGCAAGCCUAACAGCUUUACUCUAUCUCCUGAACAGGGAAGAAAAUCGUUUUAUUGAUCUUUCUGCUAACGGGGGGUCUCAACCAUAUUCUCAAUAUUUAAGAGAGUUAUUGGUUGAGACUGUAUUGGGCACAGUACCACGUGCACGCGAUUCCCUGCUUCGGAACCUAGAUAAAGUGGCGUCGGCGAGCGCAGUUUCGAUGAAUGAUGUACCGUUUGUAUUGAUGGCAUUAGUUGUCUUGGCGGAUAAUGCGCUCGUCUUGAGACCACGUCAACAAUUCGUCGUUGUAGCACAAUCUAUGGUUUCUGAAUGGCUGCGUGAAGCAUGUGAAGAAGAACGACGAGGAAUGCGUGGACUUGUGCCGAAUCUUCGAAACCUAUUGAGUGAAAAUGGAUUAAGAAUGGUAACUGAAUACUCUAAAGUUUGGAUAAAACCUCUCGCAUCUGCUGUUCAUGCUCUAGUGCCGCAAGAUCUUUAUGACAAUAUGGAGGCAAAUGGUGAAUCCCCCUCUGUCAGUGAAUUGGCAUCGUUUGAGGUUCAAAAAUUUUCACCAGAUGAGCGGUGGAAUGAUGGAAGUUUACCCGUUGUAGAAAUUCUCCGAAAGAUAACGAUGCAUGCCACAAGUUUGGAUCGUAAAGCUUCUAAGCGAGCCAUACUUAAUGCGACAUCCAAUCGUCAAAUGUCAACUUUCUCAUCACAAGUUUCUUCACCAUGUCAUUCACCAAACGAAUCAAGGAUGCCGCUAUCAAUAUGUGAAAGAACUAUAACUCAACAACCGAGUCGCUGUGAGCACUACUUUUCAUUUCUGAGAUUAUAUGAUACUUAUGAGAGGGAGGGUCACCCUGCAGCGGAGUUUGCGGCACAGUUGGUGUUUCUUGCAUUGCAGUUGAACCCUGAGUAUAUUGGCCGUUAUGCUCGUGAGGGUAUUGAUGUUUCUUCAAAAGACCAAUGUAAUCAAAUUGCGAAACUUAUCAUGGAAAAAGAAGAAGCACCAACUACGGCUGAAGUGAUAGCUUCUCCAACCCGUGAUGGGCAGCAAACAGAUGGCUUUAUUUUGCGUUUGAUGGAAAUGUAUGCGGAGCGUGAACAAUUGAAAGAAACUGAUGAAUCCCAAAGUCACACCUCUAAUACUAACACUACUUCGAGGCGUCCCUUAUAUUGCUAUAACCCCGUCUACGGGGGAUUGUUCUGCGGGAAGAAACAGUGA